AUGGCAAGUAGAGGCACUGUGUUUGGGCAUCCUGCCCAGCAGCAGCAGCAGCAGCAGCAGCAGCAGCAGCAGCAGCAGCAGCAGCAGCAGCAGCAGCAGCAGCGGCAGCAGCAGCAGCAGCGGCAGCAGCAGCAGCAGCGGCAGCAGCAGCAGCAGCGGCAGCAGCAGCAGCAGCGGCAGCAGCAGCAGCAGAAGCAGCAGCAGCAGCAGCAGCAGCAGCAGCAGCAGCAGCAGCAGCAGAAGAAGCAGGAGCAGCAGAAGAAGCAGGAGCGGCAACAGCAGCAGAAGAAGCAGAAGCAGCACAAGAAGCAGAAGCAGAAGCAGCGACGGCAAGAUGCCGGGUGA